AUGAAUGACAUUAUCUUUAACAACCUGGACAGGCUGCUGCUACAACUUGUUUUUCAGCUUGAGCAAGCAUCAUAUGCUAAGGAACAUGUGAAACAACAGAUACAGAUUUAUGCUGCAAAUAUUGUGGGGGAAAAGAUUGAAAUCUGUCAGCUACAAGAAGAUAUUAACAAAAAUGAUGAAGUGAUUAUUAGCCUGCGCAAACGAAACAAUAACAGUAAGGAAAAUUGUAAUGAAUGGAAACCAACAUUUUUUAUUCUUAAUAAACAUGAAGAAUAUUUGAAGGAAGAACUUCAGAAACUCCAGGAAACUACAGAAAAAGACAAGAAAAUGUACCAGGAAUAUAUGAAUCAGUAUCAAGAAACUUUCAACCAGCAUCAAGCAAAGUAUUUAGAAACUGCAAUUGUCCAGGAAUAUUACCAGGAAAAAAAGGAAUUUGAAGAAAUCCAAAACCGAAUUCUGAAACAGUCUGAAUUAUUAAAACAGAAAGAAGCUGAAGUGAUGGAUCUUCAAGAACCUGGUCCAUUUCUGUCACUUUUAUCCUGGGCAUCACAGAUCGCUUGUUUGAGACAGAACACAAAAGAAACUCUUACACAUUCAGUGCUUCUCAGGCAACAAUCACUUGAACUAAACAAAACAGCGGAAGAGCUAGAAAAGAAAAUGAAUUAUUUCAAACAGCAACGUGAAAAUAUUGCAGAAGAUCAGAAUGAUCCUGAAGAUCAAAAUCAUCAUGGAGUAAUAGAAGGCGGAAUUACAAAAAAUAUAGAAACAAGGAAGACAUUUGAUGAAAGCUUGUUCAAAGAGACCCGUCAUUUGUUAAAUGAGAAACAUCAGACAUAUAAGCUAUUGCAUCUCCCUAACAUAUCUCAGAAAUUAGUACAAAGUGUACCAACUCUGAAACCAUUGUUUCAGCACACACAACAUACAGAAAGUGUAGAAGAGAAAGAAGAACCUGCACCGCAUUCAGCAAUGACCAGUAUGUACUUCAGCCAAGUGGAAAAUGAAAAUCAGAAUUGUAAUGACACCACAGGAAGCGACAUUGCAAAAACUGCCCAGAUUUCAUCUAAAACAAGCUUGCCAAGCCAAGUCAAACCAUUCAGGUUGCUAGGUUAUCAAACGCAAACAAGCAGCAAACAGAGGUUUGAAACUGAGGCUAGAGAAAUAGCAGAAAAAAAGGCUGACUAUACAGGAAGGACAGAAGAAGAAACAUCAAAGGAUUCUGCAUAUAUAUCACAAGAUGGGCAGGCAGAACGUUACAUUAAGUCAACUGGACAUCAUUCUGUAGCAAGAGAAGAAGGUGCUGAAAACUUCCGAAGAACUCCAGAACCUAAUAUAUUUCCAAAGACACCUGAUUCUAGUGAGGCGAAAACUCCAUUUGAAUUACUUCACACAGAAAACGAAGGAUCAAUGUCCAAGUCACCUGCUUUUUCUUUUCUUACCGGCUUUACCACAAAAUCACCUGGAUUUAAUUUCUUUGAUUCGUCUGCAUUUGGAGCUGAAAUAUCACUGGAUGAGUCAGGUGAUAGCAGUUCUACAGGAAAUUUAAAUCCUAUUUCCCCAGGCAAAAUUGGAGAUUUAUUUGGGAAAAUGGACAGUGAGGAUUCAUUUGCAUUUUCCUUUCCAUCAUGUUCUCCUGCUCAAGCUUUCCAAGAUGGCAAAGAUGACUUCAGAUUUCCCUUUGCUUUUGGAUCAUCCCAGCCUGCCUCUCUAAAAAGCUUCCAAGCUUCGUCACAAAGCAGAAAGCCAUUUUCACUUUUUUGA